AUGCCAAAGGAGGGGACGGGUGUCACGCCUUUCCACUUGGUAUAUGGGGGUGAGGCAGUCAUUCCCGUCGAGGUCGGGAUAGAAUCUGACCAGCUGCAGCAGUACGACGUGGACAAUGCCGAGCGGAGACAACUUGAGCUUGACUUGGUGGAUGAGGCUCGCGUCAAGGUUGGCGACCUUGUAUGGAAGAAGGUAAAGCCGGUCAGCGACGUCGGCAAGCUGGAGGCUCCUUGGGCUGGACCGUUCAGGAUCGUGGAGAAGCUCCGCUCGGGAUCUUACUAUUUAGAAGAGGAAGACGGACGGUGA